AUCCAGAAAUAGCGAAGAAUGGAAGAAUAAAACGAUUACUGCGGACCAAGGGAUCCACGGCUACAGAAUAGCAAGUGUGGUAGAAGAUGCAAAUUAUGAAGUUAUUGCUAGAGUAGUCAAUGGGGCUGGUGUGGGAAACUGGAGCCCCUUUUUCACCGCUGGGCGGAGUACAGGAUCAUCAAUCCCCGGAUUCAUGAUUGCACUGGUGGUUGUUCUUUCCAUCAUCAUCAUCUUUCUUAUUUUCUCGUUUGGCCUGUACUACAGAUACAACCACCCAAAUGGGAACAAUGCACAUAAAUGUGUCCAAGAUGACAAACUGACAAAAAAUACUCGAGUAGUUGAAGAAACAACUGAACUUAAUACCUAUAACAAGCUCGUAAAAGAUGAUUUGAUACAACAGGAAGAUCAUUAUGAAGUCAUCAAAACAAAAACACAAGACACGUAUGAUUAUGCAAUGCCACACAACAGCGGACUUGAGGUAACUACUCCUGCAGAAGAAAACAUUGAAGUUACCGAAAACAAAAAUGAGCCUUAUGAAAUUCCCUUGAAAUGUAUGGGACAUAAAUCUGACUUUAGUUAG